AUGGACAAACACGAGACCACCACCUCUCCGGCCCAUGAUGAAAACGCCAUCACUCCUGCUGCGGACCGCGUGCCAGAGCAUCAUGUCGACCACGACAAGGAGACCGCCGAGUAUGCUGGACGCGAGGCCAUCUAUGUCGACGAAGAGACCAACAAGAGACUGUUCUGGACGGUCAACCGACGCAUCCUAGCUUGCAUGCUUGGUACUUAUUUUUGCCAAUCUCUUGAUAAAGGAACCCUGGGCUUUGCGUCCGUCAUGGGCAUCCAGAAAGACGCCCAUCUUCAUGGUCAACAAUACAGCUGGCUGGGAACAAUCCUCUACAUGGGAGUCUUGGUGGGCGAGUACCCUACCAAUCUUCUCCUCCAGAAGCUCCCCGUUGCAAAGUAUCUUGCAGUCAACGUGUUCUGUUGGGGUGCCAUCGUGGCUUGUUCGGCUGCCGCCAAGAAUUUCGGUGCUCUCAUGACCGUUAGAUUCCUAUUGGGAGUUUUCGAGUCUUGUGUUCAGCCAUCUUUUAUUAUCAUGACGUCCAUGUGGUAUACUAAGCGAGAGCAAUCCGUCCUGACAUCCCUGUGGUAUUGCAUGACGGGUGUGCAACUAAUGGUCGGAGGCAUCAUUGCCUGGGGCACAUCACACUACAAAGACCACGCCAUCUACUCAUGGCAGCUUCUUUUCCUCGUGCUUGGAUGCGCGACAUGCGUUUGGGCUUGCUUCAUUGGCUGGUGGCUCCCUGACAGCCCAGUCCGAGCCAAGUGCUUCACCGAAGACGAAAAGCGCUUGAUGAUCGAGAGAGUCCGUGCCAAUGAGACAGGAAUCCAAAACAAAACAUACAAACGAUACCAGAUGCUCGAGGCCGUCACGGAUCCUAUCAUCUGGUGCUAUGUAUUGCUCCAGAUCACUUCAACGCUUGUCAUUGGUGGCUUGGGUGUUUUCUCCAAUCUGAUUAUCUCUUCCUUUGGCUUCACAUAUCUCCAGACUCAGCUGUUGAACAUUGCUCAGGGCGCAGUAACCAUUAUAGUGAUGGUGGGCGGUGCUUCACUCGCAACUUGGACUAGGCAGACGGCCUGGGUAAUGCAUGCUUGGACUAUUCCUCCCAUUAUUGGAACGGCGGUUAUCUACAGUAUUCAGCCCACACAUUCUACCCGGAUUGGUCUGCUCAUUGCUUUCUAUUGCACUCAAUUCUACCUGGCAGAAGGUAAUCUCAUCUUCUCUCUCAUCUCACGAAAUGUUGCCGGCCAGACCAAGAAGUCAACUACGCUGGCCAUUACCUUCGUCGCAUGGGCAGCAGGGAAUAUGACUGCACCGCAAAGCAGCGAUGCUCCACGCUACCGCAAGGGAUUUACCGCGCACUUCUGCCUUUACGUGUUGUUUAACAUCAUUCUAGCCAUACUGAGGAUUCUUCUAACCCGACGCAACAAGGCCAAGCGCGCCGCCGCCGCUGCCGCAUUGGUUGUCGAAGCUUCCGCGACUGAUCUGAACAAGGUGGAUGAGAAGAUCUCGCACUCUCAUGCAUUUGAGGAUCUGACGGACAAGGAGAAUCCUGAUUUCCGUUACGACUUCUAG